AUGGCUUCACACGCCUUUGAUCCGACUAUUCUUCCCCCUGCAGCUCCUUGCCCCUUCUGCAACAUUGCAUCUGCAUACGCCUCGUACGACCCAAGCGCACCACCGGCUGCCGACUCUCCCGUCCUCGAUCCCGAAAACGUCUCCCCUCUGAGCUUCAUCGUUCUCUCAACGCCCACCUUGCUCGCUUUCCUCGACAUCCUGCCCUUGUCUCGAGGUCAUUUGCUGCUCUGCCCCCGCCGCCACGCCUCCAAGUUGACCGAUGUCUCGACAAGCGAGGCCGCCGAGCUGGGCGCGUACUUGAGAAUCCUCAGCAAGGCUCUAGUGCGAACGACCGGGGUCGCGGACUGGAAUGUCGUGCAGAACAACGGUGCCGCUGCGGCUCAAGUUGUCGACCACGUCCACUAUCACCUGAUCCCGCGCCCCGAGAUCAGAGCGAGUGGCAAGCUGCGAGAAAGUUUUACCAUGUUUGGGAGAGGACAGCGGGAGGAGCUUGACGACGACGAGGCCGUCGAACUGGCGGCAAGGAUACGGCAAAACAUACAACUAGUCCUGGACGAGGAGGCAGGCAAAGGGAAGCUUUGA